AGCAGAACCCCGCCCCCAAAGUCCAGAAGGCCAGGACUUCACAGCGCCCAGAUGUCCCCAGCAUCACCUUUGGGAUCAAGACCAGCAGGGUCGCAGUGACGUCACAGGAGCAGCUGAGGGGGACCACGUGAGGACAUGGACCGCUUGUCUCCGGGAGACCCGGAGACCCCAGAGUGCCGUUGGGCGCACGCGCAGCCUCGUUCCCAGCCUAACACACCCGCGCUUCCCGGGCGGGUUCGACCCCGCAGCUUCCUCAUCCGGGACAUCCUCGCGGAACACCCGGGCCUGACGCGGGACAGACCCGAACCGUUCCAGACCGGACCAGGACAGAAAGGAGCGGACAGGAACACCACCCGCCAAAAAACAGCUGAAAGGGGCGGGGCUUCCGCGUCGCACCUGAAGAAGGCUCGAAAGGCUCGGACGGCGUUCAGCGAGCAGCAGCUGGCUCGUCUAGAGGGAAGCUUCCAGAAGCAGAAGUACAUCAGCAUGCACGAGCGAGCGGCGCUGGCGGCGACGCUGCAGCUGAGCGACGCGCAGGUCAAGACCUGGUACCAGAACCGCAGAACCAAGUGGAAACGCCAGGCAGCGCUUGCUUUGGACGGUGCCAUGUUCCCUCCCACUCACGGCCUGUACAUGAUUGCUCCGCCCAUUCUGGACCUCUACCAGUGCCACGCCCCACUGCUUGUUCAAUGAGAAGCCAGUGUGAUGA